GCCACGCUCGUGUGGAUUGUGAGAAUUUGGUCGUGUAUUCGAGAAGAAAAAUACGUGAGCCGAGCUCACGAAUCUUUCUCCAAUUCGACAAACUGUGCGUACAUAUCGUCGACAGAACAACUCUGGUAUACCAACGAUGAUAAUGAGAAUAAUGAUGAUAAAAGUCUGUUCGAAUGGCGGAUACCGUGAAUAGUUUAGUAUCGGCUUCCACUGUGGUAGUGAAUGCGGUAUACGCCAUACUUGAUACUGGGCACAUGCAGUCGUGUUACGCGACUCGGAUUGACCGGGUGGCUUUUUCUGUUGCAUCGAGUUAACGAAUGGAUAACAAUUGUUACGAGUGACAAAGUCCGAAUACCCAGAGCGUCGGGCUUCGUUGAGACUAGAGACCAAGAUGUCGUGGGACGACAUAGUAUACGUUAUAUUGCUCCUAUUCUGCAUCGGUUUCGGACAUUUAUACAGAAAUAUCAGUGAUCCCAUCGCUAAGCAAUGGGCCAGCACUCUGGUCGGGUUUGCUGUGGCUUUCAUCGCCGCUGGGACACAAAUAAUUCAUCCUAUUUUCGUUACCUUCGUUAACGCGCUUAUAAUUACACAAAUAUCUUACAAAAAAUGCCACAUCGCCAGUUUUGGCUUUACAUUUUUUUAUCUACUCGGUAUUUUCCGACUUGCUGAUUGGUAUGGAUUCACCAUGCCAUCAGGACCCACAAACUUGAUACAAAUGAUGCUGACAUUAAAACUGGUUGGACUUGCAUUUGAAAUAAAUUCAGCUGCUACAGCACCAGAAGAUGAUCCAUGGGGUGCUAAGUCUGAAGCAUUUGAAAAAAUUCAAUUUCUCGAUGUUUUUCACUACGGAUUCGGCUAUAUCGGACUGUUGACUGGACCUUAUUAUCGGUACAGAACAUACUGGGAUUCGAUUCAUAGACCAUUUUCAAAGUACGCAGACCAUUGGGGAGUCACAUUAGAUAAACUGAAAGGAAUAUCUUGUUUUAUCGUUAUUUAUUUGUUCUUGAACUACUGGUAUCCGGCAUCGUACAUGCUGACCGACGAAUUCAUGGAGCGAUCGUUAUUUUAUCGAAUUUUAUACAUCUACCCAACAUUCCAUGUAUUUAAAAUGAGAAUAUACGCUGGCAUGGCUCUGUCCGAAUGCGUUUGUACUAUGGCCGGACUAGGAGCUUAUCCUAAAAGUAGUAACCCGGUGGCUGGACUUGGGCCGAAAAAUUAUCAGGCGAUCGACAGUUUGAGCAAAAAUGCAGACAAAUUAAAGUCUGAGGAUAUCGAUUUUGAAACCGUUCACAACAUAAACACAUGGGGUGUUGAAAGCUGCACUAACGUUAGAGUAGCCAUGAAAAUGUGGAACACAUGUACGCAAUACUGGAUGGCAAAUUGUGUGUACAGGAGAUUUCCACACAAGGGACUUCGGACUCUUGUCACAUUCGUAUUAUCAGCUUUAUGGCAUGGAUAUUACUUUGGAUAUUACAACACGAUUUGUUCGAUCGUUUUGUACCUGCCAAUGGACGACAUUUACGUGAAAUUUAAUAAUCAUAGCGAAGAGAAUAGUUUGGCAAAAAAGGGAUGGAGCUUUUUCGGAUGGUUCAUGAAAACUUUCUGCAUGUGCUAUCUGGGACUUUCUUUUCAAGUAUUAAAAAUGGCAGACGCGCUCACUUUAUAUGGUACCAUAUAUUUUGUGGGGCAUAUACUGGUGGCCGUUCUAUAUGUGAUAGGAAGGAUUAUAAAGCCCUAUAUCCUGGUAAAACCAAAGGAUAAGGAGGGUUGAUCUCAUCAAUUGUUAUUCAUUGUUAAGAAUCUUAUUAUUACCGCAACGCAUGCACACGUUUUAUACUUACGUAAGUUCAAAUUAUAUCAGUAAACGUACUGGAAUCUCAAGACAUAGGUGAAAUAUGAAUAUCUGCAAUUGUAAUGAAAUCUCAUGUUUAAAUAAUGUACGGCUGGCGUUAUCUUAUCAGAUCUGAAGUAACUUAGGCAUAAAAAUUAUGAUUACAAUACCGUCCAGGCGUAGUAAAUAGACUGGAGUUGAAAUAAUCGACAAAAAAGCUUGUAAAAAAAUAGUCACCCCCGAAUAGAUUUCAUUUCAAUUUUAGAAACUUAAUGUACAAGAGUCAAAAAAUUAUGAUGUUAUUAAAACUUCGAAUAACGUUA